AUGAAAUUGUUUAGCUUUUUAAAAAGAAAAACAAAUAAUCUUCAUCAUAUCACGUACUCAAAUAAUGAUGAAUAUCAUGGGGAAAUGAAAGAAAGCUUAAAACAUGGAAAAGGAGUCUACAAAUUUGAUAAUGGCAAUAGGUAUGAAGGUGAAUGGUCUAAAAAUCAAAAACAUGGAAAAGGGAAGUAUUAUUAUAGCAGUGGAGAAUUAUAUAUUGGACAAUGGAAAGAAAACAAGAAAAGUGGUCAUGGCUAACAUUUCGGAUUACAUGGCGAUAGAUAUGUUGGAUAAUGGUCACAUAACUACAAGCACGGUAAGGGAACAAUUUUUUAUGGAGAUAAUUCAAUUUAUUCUGGUAACUAAAAUUUAUAAUUGUAAGGUGAAUUUUAAGAAAAUAAAAAAAAUGGUCCCGGUUACUUCUACAGCUCCAUAACAAAGGAGUUGAGCUUUUAAAUGUUUGAGAAUGACAAAUUGCUUGAAUAAAGUCCAGUUGAGAAAGUUCCAAGUGAAUUUGAAAAUGUGUUUUCUGCUUAUUUAGUGCAUGAUAAUCAUAUUAAACAUCUUCAAUCCUAAUUAAAUAAAUCUGAUGAAAAUCACUUGAUACAACAAGAGGCACAUGGAUUUGAAACACUUCAAGCUUUAAAUGAAACUGUUACUGUGAAGGGAAACAAAAAAAUGUAAGAUUGGAAUACAAAUGAUGUUUGUGUAUGGUUGGAAUGCUUAGGUUUAUCCUAAUAUAAGGAAAAUUUCUAGAAAAAUCAAAUGGUAGGAGAAAUCCUACAUAAUUUGACAGAUAAGGAAUUGAAAGAAGAAUUAGGCAUCCAGAUACUUGGACAUAGAAAACAAAUCUUAUAGUAGAUUAAUAUGCACAAAAAAUACUACAUAAAAACGAUGUCGAAUUAAAUAUAAAAGACAGAAAGUGAAAAUUCAGCUGAUUAAUCUUCGAAAUAUGAUCAAUUGUUUUCUAUCAUUCAAAAGAUCGAGUCUACAACAACUUUAGGAAAGGAAACUAAGAUUCCAAAGUAAAAGAAAUAAAAGUAAAAAUCUACUUAAGGAUCUGAAGAAAAAUAAUCUUCUCCUUUAUCUUAAAAAAAAUAAUCUCCAAAAUAAGGUAAUUAAGGUUAAAUUAUAAAAACAGAGGAUAAUUGUGAUCUCAAUAAUUUUAAUGUUGACAAUUUGAAUAGAUUAGAUUCUUCAGGGGAAAGCUCUUUCUGUUCAAUUGAAAUUUAAUAAACUCAGUUAAAGGCAGAGAAUGUUUAUCAGAAAUUUUUAGAUAAGGGUUACUAUAAUGCUUAAGAACAUAAUUUGUAGUAGAAGCACUAAGAGAAAAUAAUGAGUUUAUUGAAAGACUUAGGAAUUAAUGAAAAGUUAUUAAUCAAUUUCUAAGAAAUCAAAUAAGGAACACAAAUUGGAGAAGGAAAUUUUGGAAUAGUUUAUAAAGGAAAUUGGCUUGGAUAGGAUGUAGCCAUCAAAUCAUAUUGUUAGAAAUAAGACCAAUCUAAAAAUAGAUAAACUAUGGCCGAUUUUCUAAAGGAGGUCCAAGUUAUCUCUGAAUUGAGGCAUCCAAAUAUUGUGCUCUAUAUGGGUGUUUGUAUCAAAAAACACAACUUAUAUCUAAUUACAGAAUAUAUGGAAAAUGGAAGUUUGUAUGAUCAUAUUCAUAAAAAAAAAUCAAAAAAUCUAAAUUUUGUUCAUAUUAUUGAGGAUAUAGCUCUAGGAAUGUAUAACCUCCAUGGAAGAGGUAUUAUGCAUUGUGACUUGAAAUCCUCGAAUGUACUAAUUGAUUCAGAUUGGAAUGUUAAGCUUUGUGAUUUUGGUUUAUCAAGGAUUAAGACCAAGAAAACAAAAAGUACAAUUGGAACCUCUUAUUAAAUGGCUCCAGAAAUAAUGAGAGGAGAGCCAUACACUGAAAAAUCAGAUGUCUUUUCUUUUGGAAUGAUUUUAUGGGAAAUUAUGACUGGUAAAAUUCCAUAUCAGAAUUUAUCCAUAACUUAAAUCAUUGAAACUGUUGGUUGGGGACAUAAUCUUGUUGAAAUUCCCUAACAAAGUAAUCCUCCAGUUUUGGCAAUUCUUGCUAAAGAUUGUCUUUAAAAGGAACCAUCUAAAAGACCUAAUUUUGCAAGAAUUGUUGAAAUAAUUUAAUAAAGUAAAAAUAAUAAGUGUCAGAACAAAGAUAAAGCUAAAAAAUUAUUGAUCGACUUUUUAUAAAAUUGA